AUGUCUUCGAUUUCGAUGUACUUGCAGACUCCUAAGAGACCUAACUUACCACCAACUCCAUUGCCAUAUGGUAGCAAUAAUAAGACUAGUCUCCCACCGUUGUCAUCGAUUUUGUCUAAUUCUGAUGAAGUGUCAUCCCAAUACACCAUGCAUAAAUUACCAUCUGUCGACUCAUUAACGACUCCAAACACCCAAACUGGACGGGUUCCAAGCUUGACAAACACGCAUUAUCUUCCACAACAAUAUCCAUUUCGUCAUCCAGUACCACAACACACAACACAAACACCAUCCAAGCGUGCUAGAAGCAUUCCUACCCCAAUCAACACUAAUCCAAACUCGAGUUUUGAUACCAGUGAUAAUGAUAUUAGCAUAAAUGGCGAUGAAGUCAUUGUCAAAAAGGCUAAGGUUUCCCCAGCUAACGAGAAGUCUUAUGCAUUCAUCAGUCAUUCGCCAGUGACAUUCCCAUCACAAGAACCAUCAAUUGACAAUGCACCAUUGGCUAGAAGAAAAAGAAGAAGAACUUCGCCAAAUGAAUUGUCUAUAUUAAAUAAUGAGUUUGAAAUCGGCCAAACCCCAAAUAAAUUGAGAAGACUUGAAAUAGCUGAGAAGGUUUCAAUGACUGAAAAGGCAGUUCAAAUAUGGUUUCAGAAUAAGAGACAAUCUCUCAGAAAGCAAACGUCAGUAGAAAAGGAAAUCACCGAAUUGCCUUCCACCGUCACAAUUUCUACCCCAAUAAAGCCUACUUUGCAAAAGUCCGAGUCUCAACCAUUUAUUCCUAGCCCAUCUGCCUUCACUACAAAACAGAGACCAAGAUCAGCUACUUCCAUCCCAAUAGCACAAGUACCACAACCAAAUACGGAUACCCCAUUAAGCCAGAGAACUGUCUUUAGCGCAUUAGUUACUCCAAACUCGUCUUACAUAAAUUACGAUGAAUCAAACACUUCGAUUGAGUCGACUUCCCCAAACUUGAUUUUAAAUGAAACUUCAAAGAAACAACCUGUGUCUCUUAAUUCUAACAAUUCAAGUACCAUGACUUUCAAGUUGAUGCCUGCUAAGUCUAUUUCUUCCGCUACUGCAAACAAACUUAGUCAGAAAUUAGCCAACGAAUCUCAAAAUUCUGAAAACAAUUCUCCUAAGAAAAGGCUGGUAUCUAAAAGCGCCGACUUAAAGGAUUUAUUGAAUUCAGCAUCUACUACGCCAUCUACGAAGAAUGUUUCCAAGAGAGUUCCAUUGGGUGAAUUGGAUACCAAUACCUCCCAAGUAUCGAAGCCAACAAAGAAACAAAACGAAAAGGAAUGCAUCAAGAAUUUGUUAUCUUUAAGAGCCGGUAAUUGGAAAUGA